AUGCCCUGGCAGCCCCUCCCACGCAUCGCCUUCGCCGUCGCAACAUACCCCUUCACCGCGCAGGACCCGGCCGAUCUGCCCCUCGAGCUGGGCGACGAGCUCUACAUCAUCGAGCAGGGCGGCAGCUACGGAGACUGGUUCCGCGGGUACCUCGUUGCGCCGCCGAGUCUGCUGGCGGGCCUGACCAGCACCAAGGGCCAGACGCUCGAGGCGCGUGUCUUCUCAGGAAUCUUCCCGCGGAGCUGUGUCGAGGUGAGGGAGGUGCUGGGCGAGGAUGAGGAGACGGACGAGGAGGCUGAUAUCGAGCGGGGCAUGAACGGCGCGAGUGAGGAUGAUGGGAGUCCUGUGGCGAGUCCGAGGAGUAUGCAGAUGCAGAUGCCGAGGAGGUCUGUACUGGGCAAUGGCAACGGCCAUGCGAACGGCAGGCCAGGCAGGCCGACGAGCAAGCGGCGGACGAAACGACUUACCAACGGAGAUGCGCUGUCUCUGCCAGUGACCCGCGUUCCCAACCAGCCGAAGCCGCAGGCUCCAGUCCCGAUGCUGAAGAUUGGCGACGAGACGCCGACUUCCACGUCCGAGCCGUUGGUGGAUGAGAUAGCUUCUUGUUUGCGGGAAUGGCAUUCUACGAACCUGCACGAGCUGGUGCUUUCCAGGCAGUAUUCGUUGCUGGACAAGAUGGCAGCGCUGGUGCACAGCCUAGAUCUGUCAAGGCGACAGCUCCUACACAAUGUGCUCACGACGCACGAACUCGGAGCUCUACGAGAGAAGACGGUGUGGGAUCUGGUGAGAGGGAAUAAGCUGUAUAAUGGGGAGGUGAUAGUCAGAGAUCCGGAAGCAAGGGGGAGGGUUCUCACGGGCGAAGAUUCGGCGGUCGAUAUCACGAAAUUGCAGGCAAUGAUGAGCUUGCUGGAGGAACCACCGCAGCCCCCGGCGAACGAGACGCCUACCUUACACCACCUGCUGAUCGAUGUACGGGCUUUUGUGGGCGCGAGCACGGAAUCGACUACAUUAGUAUUCUAUCUGGCUUCCAAGGCUCCGGGUCAAGCUGCUGUGGCACUGAGUGAGAGCUACCUUGUGGAUGUACCGCCCAGUGGAGCCAUGACUAGUCUGGCGAAGGUAGGGCAGAUGCGGACUCUCUUCACGGAUCUUACGGCCUCGGACAUUGGAGACUCGACAGCUGUGGACAAUGAGCUAUAUUUGGUCGUGAAAAUCCAGUCAACACAGCAGGUCAUUGGCGGGAAACCCGCUUCCAGUGGUAGAGCCGCUUCACACGAUGGACCACCGCCCAUCAAGUCCAGGAAUGGCGAAAAGCCUUUGUCGAGCACUGGCAGCAAAUCCGGACGCAGAAGUCUCAUGUGGGGUCAGAAGUCGAAGAGAGAUGCGCACCCGCCAAAGCCGCCGGCCUCCUCAAAAUUAAAUUCUCCCGCUGUAGGCCAGGAGAGCCGGGAUGGACCACCAGGUACCGCCGAUUCAAACGGACCUUCCUCGGAGCGGAAAUCUGGAGCCCUCAGCCGUAUCGUGAAUAGAACGAUGGGCGCUGGAGCUAUUAGGAUCAACUCGAUUAUGAAGCAGGAUGAGGAGGUCGAGCAUGCAAUUCCUAUCUGGGCCUCGGCUACUGCUUUUGGCGUGGAUCAGGAACCCGGAGAUGCUUGGGACGAGGUCAUCAAGGAUCUGAUCUCGAGCAAAUCGGGCAAUUACGGCAAGUCGAAGAAAGCAGAACGGCUGCAAGUCUCUCUCAAGGCAUUUCAAUGCGGAGAUGUGGACAGACUGAUCAAGGCGGCCCCGACGCUGUUGUCGGGCGUAGCGAAGACUCCCAAAAUGGCCUUCUCUGGCGCGCCUACAAAGGCAAGAUCCGAUAUUUACAUCACGAUCGACGAAGCUUUCCUCCCUCGACACGCUCUCAUAUCUCGCGCGGUUGGCAACGCCCAGCCUCUUUCCUCCCACAUCACUGGCUCGAAUCUUCAGAUCAGCCUGGAAGUAUGUAAAGCCAGUGGCGAACGACUCGACGGCUGCAUAUACCCAUCCUCUAACGCCGAAUCCGGCCUUUCGACCUGGGAGUCUACAGCUGCCGAAAAGGGCGAUACUUGGAACCAAACUCUGAGACUUGCAAUUUCUCCAGCUGACGUUCCCGGCUGCCACCUCAAUAUCACCUUAUGUGAUGCACCCAAUCAACCUUUCGCCAUGUGUUAUUUGCCGCUAUGGGACCAAUCUGCGUUUGUGAGAGAUGGGCACCAUUCGCUUCUGCUGUACCGACACGAUGAGCACACAAACACGGCGAAGCGAAGAGGCGAAGGCAGAACGGGCUACUUGAACAUUCCUUGGAACGCGAGGGGCAAGGACGACGUGAGCAAGGACGAAGCAGUCACCGGUCCCAUCGCAACAUUGAGAAUCCAGACCUAUCUUUGCAGUACCCGCUUCUCGCAAGACAAGGUUCUCCUCGGCCUACUCAACUGGAAGGAGCAACCGCCAGGAGACUUACAGGAGCUCCUCAAGCGUUUGACGUUUGUUCCUGAGAUUGAGAUCGUCAAGCUGCUUAACGAAGUCUUCGAUGCCAUCUUCAGCAUCCUGGUCGAACACACUGGAAAGCCCGAUUAUGAGGAUCUGGUUUUCAGCGCGUUGGUCACAGUUCUUGGUAUUGUACAUGAUCGGAGGUUCAACAUGGGCCCACUCGUCGAUGAAUACGCAGAGACUCGGUUUAAUUACCCCUUCAUCACUUCUUGUCUCGUGAGUUCGUUCACGAGGCUGCUGCAAAACCCUUCGGACCCGGAUGCCUCGAGAAAACUGCGAGCUACGUUCAAGGUCGUAAGACAUAUUCUCAAGUUUAUCAGCCACGGACGGGGCCAGCAAAUGGAGAAGGAAGCUGGGAUCGGGAUUACAAGUACGUCGCCAGGCUUCACGAAGCAUCUGCGAAGUAUCUUCAAGGCUCUGGACGGACUCAUGCAAAGCAACGCGCCGAUCCUGGUUGGAAGCCAGACACUCGCAGUCCAGCAUUUCCACACGUGGCUUCCUGAGCUUACGGGCAUGCUCAGUGUCGAGGAGAUCCUACAUAUUGCCAUUGAUUUUGUGGAAUCGUGUUCCUUGGUCCAGGGCAAGUUGGUGCUGUACAAACUUGUGCUGAUCAUCAAAUACUCCCAGCUUGAGGUGUUUUCCGCACCCGAGCAACGAGAAGCUCUCAGCACCAACACUGUUCGGUGGAUUGCCCCACAUUGGGGAGAGACGGAUGAGGUGACCGAUCAGUGGAUUGAGCAGAUCCGACUCUGCUGUGCCAUUAUCUCCACACAGCUCGACUACCUUGGACCCGAGAUCCCGGAUCACAUCCAGAAAAUCGUGGACUCGUACCUUUCCCUGCGAGAAACACCCAAGUCUGAGAAGGCACGCCUGUCGCUACUGUUUCCGGUUACGUACCCGUUCCCAACCAAGCCGAUUGCAGGAAAAGCCAAGUUCGCCGAAGUGCUCAUCGAACUGUCGGCUAUUCUUGCCGCGAUCUCGACUUUGCCUGCGGGUAUGCAAUUGGAUCUUGCAGACGAGGAUAUGGCGACGCUUAUUGAGGAUAUCUUGAAUGUCCACCUGAGUAUCCUUGACUUUGAAGCUUUCCCUUCGGACUGGCUGAGCGUGCACAUACUCCAUCACAAGUCGACGAUGAAGACCUUGGAGUACAUCUCGGGGAUAUUGCUCGAUUCAUUCUUGCCACCCCCUGAUGACGCUGAGGGUUACAAUACCGACCUAUGGAAGAUGUUUUUCACUGUACUCUUGAAGCUUGUUGGUAGUGAUGCCCUUGCGCUGGAGACCUUUCCCGAGCAGAAACGUCGAGCUGUCUGGAAGAUUGCAGGUGAUGUUCGUGAACACGGUGCCGAAUUGCUGCGAAGAAGCUGGGAAGCCAUUGGGUGGGAUACGAGUCUUGACGAAAUGAAUCAAUAUGGAUUGGCGAAGAUGGGUGGAUACCAAGUUCAAUACGUGCCUGCACUCGUUGGCCCAAUUGUUGAGCUGUGUCUCAGUGUUCAUGAGGGGCUUCGAAGAGUUGCUGUCGAAGUCCUGCAGACCAUGAUAGUCAGCGAAUGGACGUUGAGCGAGGAUCUCUCCAUCGUCCAAACCGAAAUGAUCGAUUGCCUGGACCACUUGUUCAAGUCGAAGCCCUUAACGGAAAGCAUCCUCCAGAAACUGUUCAUCAAUGAGCUGUUCAACCUCUUCAAGCCUCUCGCACACAAUGGAGAGGACCUACUGUACAAUGCAGUGAAAGACCUUAUUACGACCACCGAUGAAUUCCUGGAUCUCCUCGUGGCGGUUCACAGCACGGAUGUCACUGGCGCAGCGUCGCACAUGAUCCACCGACUGCGAUUGAUGGAGUUCUUGCGCGAUAUGCAGAAAGAGGAGAUAUUUAUCCGAUACGUCCACCAGCUCGCUCAACUUCAAGCGGAUGCUGGAAAUUUCACGGAGGCAGGUCUUGCCCUCCGUCUCCAUGCUGACCUCUACAGUUGGGACCCGACCAAGAUUGUUGGGCCGCUUGUAGAUCCCGACUUUGCCUCUCAAUCAGAAUUCGAUCGGAAGGAGCGCAUCUACUUCGAGAUCAUCAAAUACUUUGAAGAAGGGGAAGCCUGGAGCUGUGCACUGUCCGCUUACCAAGAGCUUCAAGCACAAUACCAGGACAACGUUUUCGACUUUCCCAAGCUAGCACGUACCCAACGCGCUAUUGCAACUAUCUAUGAGACAUUAGCCAAGAGUGAAAGGCUGGUGCCCAAAUACUUUCGCGUCACGUAUCGUGGCAUGGGCUUUCCAGCCAGUCUGCGGGACAAGGAAUUUGUGUUUGAAGGCUCGCCGACGGAGAGAACGAAUGCUUUCACGGACCGGAUGCAAGAACAACAUCCCUCUGCUCAAAUUGUCUCUACGGGUGAUGUGGAUGAUGUCGAGGGUCAAUUCUUGCAGAUCUCUGCCUUGACGCCUCAUCGUGAUCUCGAUCAUCAUGUUUACCAGCGUACCCGGGUGCCCCAAGCCGUGCGAGAUUACCUGCUCUCUGCUAAUCCACAGGUCUUCUCUGUCACCAGCAAGAGGAACACAUCUGGCCCCGUACAAGAACACUCGGUAGAGAAAAUCUUGUACAGAACUGCCGAUUCAUUCCCAACCGUCCUUCGUCGCAGCGAGAUCAUCGCCACCGACCGUGUCACGUUGAACCCUCUUCAAACAGCAGUCGAGCGCAUCAUCCGCAAGACAACCGAGAUGUCCGUGGUCGAGAAGCGAGUUAUUGACGGUGAAGAAGAUAUGGCGCCCCUACUCAUCGACGCCCUCCGGGUCUCCGUCGACCUCAGCUCAGAAACAACCGUAGCCCGCUACCGCGACCUCCUCCCUGUUGCGCCCGAAGACGCUGACGAGACUCAAGAUGUGGAGUUGAGCCCAGUUGAGAACGCUCUCAAGACUGCGCUCAUAGACCAUGCUGUCAUGAUCCGUCGCUGCCUGGCUAUGCUCUCCAAGUCCACCUCCAUCGGACAAAGUGAGCGAGACGCCCUGGCGCAGAAUUUCACAGCGACGUUCGCCCCUGAACUCGCAUCCUUCGCGUUCCCGCAGCAAAAUAAAUCUCCCACUCCAACGCCUACUAGGGCCGUAGUGAGCCCGGAUCUCAGUGAAGGGGGCAACAGACCGGCAUCACAGUUGAUGGGCAGCCGCGAACCGAACAGCAACACAAACGGAACACUGGCCACGGUCGAUAGCAGUACCCUCGACACACCCGGCGCUCAAGCUGGUACGAACAGACUGAGCUUUUUGAAAAGAAACCCAUCUCCUACACCCGCUACGCCUCCUCCCGAAAUUUCCCACCCGCCGCCCCCACCGAUCUCGAUGCUGAACGGACUUAACCAGAACUGUGUCACGAAGAAGGAUUUACCGUUCAUUCUACGCGACCACUCUCGAAGCAACGACUCCUCGUCUUCUCGCUCACGAUCAAAAUCCCAAUCCCGCUCCAACAAAACCGAGAACCGCCGUUCGUUCUUCAGCAAUGUCGGUAGUAUUGGCCGCGGCCGUGGUCGAGGCUUCGGUUCAGACGAGAAGGAAGAAGAGGGCGAGUGGGUUACGCAGAGCGAUUUGGCGAGCGCAGCUGCUUCUCUGACAAGAAGAAGUAGUAGUAGCCAGCGGCCACCAACGGGGAUGAGCGGGCGGAGUCGUGAGGGCAGCAAGGGGAGCAAAGUGGGGAAUGUGAGGAAACGGUUGAGUCGGCUGAAGUUGGGAAAGAAGAGCAGCAAGGCGAGUAUGCUUGUGGGGAGUGUUGCGGAGGAGUGA